UAAAUCCUGCUCUGCCUCUCACUGUAACACGGCCCAGGGCUUUCUCUUCUCUCUGCUCGGCUCGUAGUGUAUUUUUUAGCCUUGCCUGGCCUACCUCGGCUGUUUCCCUUCCCCUCAGCCGCCAUUAAAACAUGUUAUCUCGGUGUGCAGAGGACGAGGACCGCACAAAAAUGCUAUAAAGCGUCAAAGCGUGAGGAUCGAGGGACGGGACUUGGGGGGUUGUCGCUCCGUGGAAAUGUAUGGACCUUGAAAUGCCAAACGAGAAGUAAAUAUGCGGUUGGAGACGACCAAGUGAAGGAGCCCGAGUGCGGACUGGAGUGGGCUUCUCCGCAGGGGGAAGAGGCAGUGUUGUUUUGGUGGUAAACGGAGAGCGUGAUCACGGCAGGAAAAGGGUGACUGUGCGCUCCUUGAGAGUGGAUCUGCCGAGCUGAGUGCCCUGUGACGGCGGGGAGCCUCCCACAGCGGCGGAGCGACGAUGAGCGAGCUGGCUGCCAAGUGGGCCUGUGAAUACUGCACAUACGAGAACUGGCCGUCCGCCAUCAAGUGCACCAUGUGCCGCGCUCAGAGGCCUAGUGGGGGGGCCAUCAUCACUGAGGAGCCCUUCAAGAGCAGCCCUGCUCUGGAUGCCAGUUUGCAUCAGUGGGACUCAGCAGAGCUCAGUAACAGCCCGACCCAAGGAGGGUCCAGCCUGCUCAUCUGUCCCGACUCCAGCGCCAGGCCCAGAGUGCGCAUCACCGACGUCCCUGAGCCUAGCAGCAAGUGGUCCUGUCACAUGUGCACGUAUCUGAACUGGCCCCGUGCCAUCCGCUGCACACAGUGUUUGUGUCAGAGGCAACAGGGGCAGCACCAGCAUCCACAGCACUCCACCCACCCAGGACUGCACAGCCAGCAGCCGCACAGCCCCACAGAAUCCCCUCAGACCUCAGGCUCAGGCUGUCGCUCCUCGCCCCCCGCCCCCACCACAGACCCCUGUGAGGAGUACAACGAUCGUAACCGACUCAACACGCACGCACAGCGCUGGUCCUGCAGCGCAUGCACUUACGAGAACUGGCCCAAAUCAAGGAAGUGUGUGGUGUGUGACCACCCCAGGCCCAACAGCCUGCUGGUAGAGCCCAUCCAACUGGCCUCUGAGUCUGAGAGCCAGUCCCCCUCCUCCAUCCUGAACGAGGACAGGGACAAACGGCGGGGCGUGAGCGGGCACAUGGGUGGCCAGGGGCUGGGGGGAGUUGGGGGAGGUCUUGGUGGGUGCAGUAGUAGCCAAAGGAGGUCACCCCCCACAUCAAAACGAGAGGCAGACGUCAACAUGGACUUCCAGAGAAUUGAGUUGGCAUCUGGGGCUGGCAUCAGCAGUAAAGAAGAACUAGAAGUGGAUUUCAAAAAACUGAAGCAGAUUAAGAACCGGAUGAGAAGGACUGACUGGCUUUUCCUCAAUGCAUGUGUGGGUGUGGUGGAGGGCGACCUGGCAGCUGUGGAGGCCUACAAAUCAUCAGGAGGAGACAUUGCGCGGCAGUUAACAGCAGACGAGGUUCGCCUCCUGAAUCGGCCAUCUGCUUUUGAUGACGGCUUCACGCUGGUUCACUUAGCCAUCCGCUUCCAGAGGCAGGACAUGCUGGCCGUGCUGCUCACUGAGGUGUCCCAACAGGCAGCUAAGUGCAUCCCAGCUAUGGUGUGUCCGGAGCUGACGGAGCAGAUCCGCCGUGAAGUGGCUGCUUCUCUGCAUCAGCGAAAGGGAGACUUCACCUGCUACUUCCUCACAGACCUGGUCACCUUCACCCUCCCCGCAGAUAUUGAAGAUUUGCCUCCAGCUGUUCAGGAGAAACUGUUUGAUGAGGUGCUAGACAGAGAUGUACAAAAAGAACUUGAAGAAGAAGCUCCCAUCAUAAACUGGUCUCUGGAGCUGGGCAGUCGGUUGGACAGUCGCCUGUAUGCUCUAUGGAACCGCACGGCUGGGGACUGUCUGCUGGACUCUGUGCUUCAGGCCACAUGGGGCAUCUACGACAAAGACUCAGUCCUGAGGAAGACCCUGCAUGACAGCCUGCACGACUGCUCCCACUGGUUCUACACACGCUGGAAGGAGUGGGAGUCGUGGUACUCCCAGAGCUUCGGUCUGCACUUCUCACUCAGAGAGGAGCAGUGGCAGGAAGACUGGGCUUUCAUCCUGUCUCUAGCCAGUCAGCCUGGGUCCAGUUUGGAGCAGACCCACAUUUUUGUUCUUGCACAUAUACUUCGUAGGCCCAUAAUCGUCUAUGGAGUGAAGUAUUACAAAAGUUUCCGUGGUGAAACACUGGGGUACACCCGUUUUCAAGGUGUGUACUUGCCCCUUUUAUGGGAGCAGAGUUUCUGCUGGAAGAGCCCCAUCGCACUGGGCUACACACGCGGCCACUUCUCGGCUCUGGUCGCCAUGGAGAAUGACGGCUUUGACAAUCGAGGCGCGGGCGCCAACCUCAAUACAGACGAUGACGUGACGGUCACCUUUCUGCCGCUGGUGGACAGUGAGAGGAAGCUGCUGCACAUCCACUUCCUCUCUGCGCAGGAAAUGGGUAAUGAAGAGCAACAGGAGAAGCUGCUGAGGGAGUGGCUGGACUGCUGCGUGACAGAAGGGGGGGUCCUGGUGGCUCUCCAGAAGAGCUCACGCCGCAGAAACCACCCCCUGGUCACUCAAAUGGUGGAGAAGUGGCUGGACGGGUACAGGCAGAUACGACCCUGUGCCUCUCUAUCCGACGGAGAGGAAGAGGAGGAUGACGACGAUGAGUGACGAAGAGUAAAGAGAGGGGAGACACUACAAAACUCACAAAAACAGACCUCCCUGACCUUUUCUAGUUUCAGUUCCAACGUUAAGUUUUUGCUUUCCCCGACACGGGCAAACUGUGAAAGCCUCACUUCUCGACAGAGGACUUUGCUAUUUUUUUUUCCUCAAAACACUUUACCACAAGACUGACAAGAAGAAACUAAAGAACGAGUUUACAAAUGACCUACAAAUGUAACGGGAAAAGGAAAUCUCUAUCUAUAGAUGUUAAUGCAUGUGGUUGUAUAAAUAAAAAAGUAUAAGGAAUUAUUAUACCAGCAUUGAUUGAACUCUUUAUAACACGGGCACUGACUAAAGCACACUUCCAAAUUUUGAUGUUUGUAAAAAGUUUUUCUUCUUUGGGGCGGGCAGGGACAAAGCCAAUAUCACUACGUGUGGCUCAGGAUGCCCACUUAAAGAAACAGAUGUGUAUAGUAAUAGUAAUGAUAAUAAUAAAUGACUUUAAUCCAUAUUAAUAAGCACUGCACAUUUAUUAAAAACAUUUCUAUAUAAAUAUUGUUGCUUGAAUUUAAGGUCAUAUAAAAGGGAGGUUGUUCCCUUUACAAGCUACUCUCACCAAGGAUUAGCACACAACCAUUCUGAACUGUGUGUGGGUUCAACUUUAAUCUACAUAUAUUUAUUGUUUCAGCUAAUAAGUUUGAUUUUCCUGUAUCUUUUUUUUUCCUUUUGUGGUUUAGUUAUUAUUUUAUUCUCUCAAAUCUCAAUGAAGACAUUAAGUUGCACAGAAACAUUGUUGCUGUGAGGAACGCAAAAUAACGUGACCAUCAGUUAGAAGUUUACUUUCGUUGUUGCAGUACCUCAAGUGGAUUGCCUAAAAAUCUGGUGCUUUAUUUUUUGGGCAGGCGAAUGGGAGUGAGAAAUACAUUAAAUGUCCGUUAUUUCGAAUCUGCUUAAUCCUCAGUCUCUUUCCUCUGUUAUGGUACACGUCCGUUCACUUCCUUGUAUGCGCCUGUUUCUUGUCUUUACGUGCAGCCAUCUUUAUGUUUUUCGAAGAAGCCGUUGUAAUAGACCGCAACGUAAAAACCAAAGUGACAAAAAAGAAAAAAAUUGUGUUACUUUUCUUUUUGCCGUGAAUGUUUGCAUUUGUUUUCUUGCCAUUGUGUACUGUAACCUCUUGUGUUGAUCCGAGUCAUACAUGUUCGGAGCACCUGUAUGUUGCUUUGUAUUUAUGCAAUAGUUGCAGUUAUGACUAUGAUGGUUUGUGGAUUUAGGCCUGACUUCACUAUAAGAGUGUAACGCAAAGAACAGGCAAAACAAGGAAAAAAAUAAAGGAAAACCUUUUUGAAUGUCCAACUAAAA